GCGAAGCCAAGUCUCACCAAGAGAAGCCACACGUGCGAACCCCGACAUGGGCUGGGAGUCAGAGCUGGAAUGGACACAGGCGGCAAGGAUGAGGCCUCACUCGCCAAAGUGCGGGUGUGCGUGCGAUUCAGGCCUUUGCUUCCGGGGGAGGAGGGUGGCUCACGUAUCACCUGGGAUGAGGACAAUGCGCCUAGGGUGUACGUGGCUCCAGGCCGGAGCGAUGCCAAGACCUUCGAGUUUGAUCGGGUCUUCCAGCCGAGCACUUCGCAGCCGGAGGUCUUCCAGGGCGCUGGCCUCGAAAACUUUUUGGACGCGGUGAUGGAGGGCUACCACGCCACCGUCUUCGCCUACGGGCAGACUGGCAGUGGCAAGACCCACACGAUGGAAGGGUUCGUGUACCAGGCCGUUCCGGGCAAAGCCCCGCAGGUGAAGCCCGGCAGCACGCCCAGCGAGAGCUUGGGCCUGGUGCCUCGCAGCAUCGAGGGCCUCUUUCGGCGCAUGGAAUCCAAGGCGGAGACCGACAGCGAGCAACUCUUUACCUUGCGCCUCUCCUUCCUGCAGAUCUACAAUGAGCGGAUCUUCGACCUGCUGAACCCCGUUCACCUCAGCGGCGCCACAACCGCCGCCGCCGGGCUUCGGCUUCGCUGGAACUCGCGUGAGGCGGCAGUCUCGGUGGAGAACCUCUUCGUUUUCGAAUGCAGGACGCCUGAGGAAGCAUUGGGCUACUACAAGGCGGGCGUCAGGAAUCGCACCGUCGCCAGUCACCAGAUGAACCAGGCGAGCAGCCGCUCACACUCCGUGCUGAUGCUGACGGUGGAGAGGCGGUCCGGCGGGGAGCGGCUGGAACACAGCGCCAAGCUGACGCUGGUGGACUUGGCCGGCUCAGAGCGACAGGCGGCGACAGGUGCCAGCGGCCGAACUCUGCAGGAGAGCGUGGGUAUCAACCAGUCCCUCUUUGUCCUGCGGAAGGUGAUCACCUCCCUGGCCAAGAAGUCGGCGUCCAAGUCGGGCUCCUUCGCCUUCGUGCCGUACCGGGAAUCGAAGCUCACGGUGCUGUUGCGGGACGCCAUCGGGGGCUCGGGGUACACGCUGAUGCUGGCGUGCCUCUCGACUCUGGAGGCCAGCUUCGAGGAGAGCCUCUCAACUCUGCACUACGCCUGCACCGCGGGAUCCAUUCGCAACCGCCCCGCGGUGAACCUGGACCCAAUGUCUCAGCUGGUGCGGCGGCUCCGCCAGGAGGUGCAGAGCCUAAAGGGCCAGUUGGAGGCGGCGCAGAGGUAUGUGAUCCACCUCACGGGGCAGCCCAUCCCUUUGGAGGUGCUCCAAGGCAACGCCGCUCCGCCCGAGCCGCCGAUGCUGCCGCCGUAUGCGUGUUCGGCGCCAUCGCCGGCAGCAUCGGCGACUGCGCAGGCGCCACAGGCGGCGCCAGCGCCAGCUCCACCGCCCCAAGCGGCACAAGCGCCACAGCCCUCGCCCCGAGUCUUUCGCCAGCCUUCGGAUGCCUCGGAGGAAGCGACGCCGCGCGCCGCGACUCCGCGGGCGCCGGCAGCGCCUGCGCCGCCUACGCCUGCGUCAUCAAAGUAUGAGGAGGGAGGCGUGAGCCGGGAGCUGCUGGAGGAGCGGCUCCUGGACGCCGUGGCGUCGCUGCGGCAGUGCAGCAGCGAGAACUUCGCGCUGCGAAGGAGCCUGGAGCAGGCGGUCGAGGCCCGCGAGGCCGCGCAGCAGCAGCUCCGCGCGGAGCGCCGGGCCGCGCUCGCCGCGGCCGCGGACGCGGCGGGCGGAGGCGGAAGCGGCGGAGAGCCGGCGGGCGCAGGGCCGGAGCUGGCGGCCUUGGGCACCAUGCGGGCGUCGAUGUUCUACGACGUGCUGGUGCUCCGCGAGUUGAGAGAAUUUGAGCAGCGGCUUGUCCUUGGCUCUGUGUACAUCCGCGAGUACACCAAAGUGAAUGGCACAGUGCCGGAGAAUCAGAUCCUUCUGGGCUGUAAGGUUUCUGGAUGCCGGCCGUGCUAG